AUGGGGGACAAAGCGGCGCUGGCGGCCAUGGGGAUCUCCGAUGCGCCGCCGCCGAAGGUGGUGGAAACGGUGCCCCACUUCACCAGCCACGCAGAGGAGCUAAUGAAAAGCGUCGCAGAACUUCUGAAGAAGAAGAGGCUGCGUGCUAGUGACCUCUUUAAGAAGAUCGACGCCAGUGGCGACGGCAAUGUCACCGGAGAGGAGCUGCGGAUGGGUUUGCACGACCUGGGCUUCAAGCUGACGGAUGCAGAUCUCACGUCCAUCAUGGCGGUCAUUGACAAAGACGGAGGCGGUGAGGUCAGCGUCAAAGAGUUUGACCGUGCCAUGCGGGCGGCUGAGAAGCUGCCCUCCAAGAAGGAACGGCAGGCAGUGCAAGAAGAAAAAGUCACCAAAAAACGUGGCAUCACGGAGGAAGACAAAGAGGAAUUCAGACAAAUCUUUUGCCUCUUCAAGCAGCUUAGCCAGGCUCGUUCUGCUGCCGGCUCGGAUAGUAACAUUUCCCUUGCGGAGUGGAACGAAACGGGCACCAUUGGCGCAGACGACCUGGAGACGCUUUUGGAGGCGGUGGGGUUGAAACUGAGCCCUUCCCAGAUGGACGCCAUGAUUGGAGAGAUCGACAUGGACGGCAACGGGGAGAUCGACUUCGUGGAAUUCUGCAACUCCAUGGCGCGGCGGAUGCAGAUCGACUAUGAGCCGGAGGAUGUCACCGCGGCAUUCAAAGCCUUUGCCCGAAAUGCCCCCGACGGCAUGAUUCGCGUCCACGACCUCCGGGAAGCACUCAGGACGUACAUGCACGCGGAGGUGUCAGACUCGCAAGUGGAGGAACUGCUGCAGCACUACAAGGAGUGUUUCGUUUCCUCCCCGGAUAGCAACUGGGAGUUCUUCAAGCAACCUGGCAGCCUCACCAUCGAUCCUAGCAGCUUGCCGAAGGUGGACACCAUCGCCGACAAACUGCAACGAAAAAAGGAGCAAGAGGCCGCAGAGAAAGCCAAGAUGGCACAAGCGGAAGAAGCUCAACGUGCAGAAGUGGCGCGUCUCAUGGAGACCUUGACGCCCGCACAGGUGCUGCAUGUGCUGGGUGAGAUGCAGCGUUUGACGUUGAGAGCUCCAGAUGUGGCCAGAGCCCUGCUGGGAGAGAAUGCCCAGUUGGGCUUGGCUCUGCAACAUGCCCAGUUUCUGGCAGGAAUGCUGGAGGAGUGUUUCGGGUCCCUCCUUUGCCGGUGCCAGGAUGCUGAGCUAGGCAGAUGA